UUUUCUGUUAGGACGUCCUCACAAAAGGGAUAUUUCUUUCCGAGGAGGUGCUCCAACCAUGCGGACGUCUGUGGUGUUGUUGGUGUUUCUGGCUGUGGCUUCUCACACUGUGGCAAAGCCCAGAAAUCGCUUCACUCGUUAUCCAUCAUGGAACAAUAAGAUGUACCCAAUCUGGAAGGAUGGAGACGCCCGGUACAAAGACUCCUGGAAAGGUGGAAAAGUGACUUUUAAUGUUGGGAACGAUUCCCCGACACUGACUGCAGCUAAAGUCACUUUCACCAUCGACCUGGAGUUCCCGCACACCCAGAAGGUGCAGCCUGACGGAGACGUCGUCUGGGCCGAAGACUGCAUUAUCAACGGAACUAAGUACGGUGAGUCUGAGCCGGUGUACCCGGGUCAGAGCUCAGACCUGGAGUCGGUGUUCCCUGACGGGACGCCCUUCAAGAAGGACAAGAAGCCGGCCUAUGUGUUCGUCUGGAAAACAUGGG